UAAUAUCUUGCCAUAUCCAAAGAGGCAAACACCAGGAAUUCCCACUCCAGUUUCAAAGCCCUUCUCUCUGACAAUAUAUUUUUUUUAUACAAAUUUUUCCCUCUUUAUGGGCAUUUGGAACUAAGCUGAGAAUGAGGGGUCUCUGUGCAAUCCGCUCUCCCACGUUCGCGCCCCUGCCAAGAGGAAGUUUUUUCAGCCCCUCAAGGAAUCAAAUAGCUUUCACUAGGAAAUUCUUCAAUUGUCGAGCAAAAUUUGCUGAGUCUGGGGUAGAGGGUUCAUUUAGCUUAAAAGUGAUACCUUCGAAUCUUUUAGCAGCGGAAAGAGAAGAAGCCAAAGCUGUUUUAAUCUUGUUCUUGAAGAAACAUGGUUUGGGUCAUGCCGUUGCUGCUAGAACCAUCAACAAGUCAGACUCUUUUAUUGACCAUUUAGUCUCAAGGCUCCAUUCUGUUCAUAAAUCUCGUUAUCUAGUAGGACGAGAGUUAACAACUCUUGAGAUCAGGGAUGCUCUUAUUCCUUGCCUCGAGACCCUUCGCGAGGAGUAUGGAAAUCUUCUAGUGGAUGUAGUUGAAAGCUUUCCAAACCCACCCAUUAAAGAACAAGCAGUUGCACCAAUAGUUCCCCCAUCAGUAGUUCCUGCACCGGAUUCACCACUUGCGAGUAAUAAGAAGCUAAAGGCUAUAUCUCGAGUUAGUGAGAUAGACCCGGAUGGGAAGCUUCAACCUAAAAUUCUCUACCUCCAAGAGCUUGGCAUGGAUCUUGAUCAGAUUAAAGGAAUUGUGCGGAGAUUCCCUUCUUUUGCGUACUAUAACUUGGAUGGGAAAAUAAAGCCAGUGGUUGAGUUUCUUCUUGAUCUUGGUGUGCAAAAAUCACAGAUUCCUACCAUCCUCAACAAAAGGCCUCAGUUAUGUGGAAUCAGUCUCCAUGGUAAUAUUAUCCCCACCAUGACAUUCUUAGAAAACUUGGGGGUGGACAAGACACAAUGGGCGAAAGUGAUAUACCGCUUUCCGGCCCUCCUCACUUAUAGCAGGCAAAAGAUGAAGGCUUCCGUAGAUUUUCUUUAUGACCUCGGCCUGUCACCGGAGAGUGUGGGUAAGGUCUUGACACGAUGGCCAAACAUUACAAGUUAUAAUGUGGAGGACAAAUUGCAGCCAACUGCUGAUUACUUCCACUCGUUAGGAGUUAAUGUUUCUGUUCUCAUUCUUCGAGCUCCACAAACUUUUGGUCUUAGUAUCGAGGCUAAUUUGAAGCCGGUGACAGAAUUUUUCUUGGAGAGGGGAUACAGCAGGGAGGAAGUUGGGACCAUGGUCUCAAGAUAUGGAGCCUUGUACACUUUCAGCCUGACAAACAACUUGAUACCAAAAUGGGAGUUUUUCUUGACCCUGGACUAUUCAAAAUCAGAGCUUGUCAAGUUCCCUCAAUAUUUUGGUUACAGCUUGGAAGAAAGGAUUAAGCCAAGAUAUGCAGUCAUGGAGCAAUGUGGGGUGACCCUGCUAUUGAACCAGCUAUUGUCAUUGUCGGGUCCUAACUUUGAUAAGGCUUUGAAGGCGAAAAUGAAGAAGCUACUUCCCAGCAAGCAUCAAAAUUCAUAGCAGCCUCUGAGGAGCGAGAAGUUUAUGCCGCUAGCACCACAAAUCGGACUUAAUACAUGAUGGAGCACUGUAGGAGUAUGGUUGGCAAGGCCGAACCUAAAAUGACCGCAUUUUUCUUCAAGAGAUAGAGCAAUAUUUCUUGUUCCUGAGUCUUAUCUUCUGAAUAUGUUAUGCUAUUAACAUCUGUAAUAUUUCUUGUUCCUGAGUCUAUCUUCUGAAUAUGUUAUGCUAUUAACAUCUGUAUAUGCAAAGUUUUGAGCUAAUUGAGCUGCUCUAAGUACUUGAGUUGUAUGGUACCGGUGACAGUCACAGAGC